AUGAGUUGGAUAUCAGUUUUGAUACUCUUAACAAUUUCGGCCUCUUUAAGGCCCCCAAAUGUCAGUGCAUAGUAGUACCAGGAUUUAUCAGAUAAGACACUGAUGAAAACAUUCGGAAAAGAAUUCAAUGUAAAGAUCAGUGUGGUUAAGAACUUGCUGGACGGCCAAGAAUAUUUGAAGAUCAAUACAGUACAGCCUGAUAAAACCUACCUAGGUUUGGGUUUUGGCCAAUCGAUGACUAAUGCUUAGAUCAUGAUUUUCAUCGCUGAUGGUACUCAAUCUAAUGCGGCUGAAUAUUUCUCACCCAGAGCAACACGACCAACCAAGCAAGACAAUCAAAAUCUUGCUAGCACCUUCAAGCAAAAUGGGACUCAUGUGGAAUUUACAGCUUACAGAAAAUUUAAACCAGAUGACGUUAAUGACAAAACUUUAUCCCUAAACUCUCUUGUCAACAUGAUUUACGCCUUCAGGCAAUUUGAAUCAAGCGAGUCAGUUACAUUGAAAUAUCACGGUGGUGAUAACAGAGGCAUCUUUAAAAUCUUUGUCGAUCUUAGUGGGGGUAUCUCUGAUGCAAGCGGUGAAGGAUAUUCUGAGGAUGAUUCUUUUGACUUUUAUGUAUAUCAUGGCUGGCUAAUGUGGGUAUCAUGGGGUUUGUUUGGAUUGAUUCAACUGGCUUCAAACAGAUACCUUAAGAUGUAUUGGAAAGUUAACAUGUGGGUGCAUAGACUCUCAGGGUCUAUAAUAUGGAUUCUUACAUUGGUCUUUGGAUUUAUAGCAGUGUCCAAAGCUGACUGGGAAGUAGUCAAUAGUCUUCACACUAUAAUUGGCUUUAUAGUAACAAUUACAGUCACUCUCAUAGUACUGGGAGGUGUAUUUACCAGAAGCAUGAUGAACAGACUCAGAUGGAAGACUCAUCUUAUAUUAAAGAUCAAGUUUGGUCACAGAAUGUUUGGACUUGCUCUCAUCACACUCUCUCAAUUCUCUAUUUUAACUGGUGGCCUUAAGUACUCAACUUGGGCAGAGUAUAUGAAGCCUCUUCCAAUCACUCACAUAAGUAUAUUCUUCCUGACGUCAUUUGUAAUUGAGAUUAUACAUUAAAGAUACAAAACUCAAGAGCAGCCCUUCAGAGUUCCAGAUGAAAUUAUGACCAUGGAAGAGUUUAAAUCCAAAAUCUAAAAUGGAUCACAGUAUGUACUGCUUGACGAUCUUGUCUUAGAUGUGUCAAAGUAUAUGUCUAAUCAUCCUGGAGGUAGGUUUGUGAUGGAAUAUAAUGUCGGAAGAGACAUUAGCAAAUACUUCUAUGGAGGUUAUAUCCUAGAAAAUUCUGGUGGCUUGAGUCCUCACUAUCAUUCUAAUGUCGCUAGAAAGAUUGUGAAUUCCCUAAUAAUAGCAAGAAUUGACUAGAAACCCUUCUAGUUUAUGGCUAGAAUCGUUGAAAAAAGUGAUGUCAACUCUACAACAGCAACCUUUACAUUUAGAAUACAGAAGCAAGCUGGGAAUCUAAUAUAAUUCUAACUACCAGCAAGCAAUGACAUUAGUACUUUUGGAAAGCAUUUCCUAGUUAAAUCAAUUGCAAAUCCCAGAGUUAAGAGACAAUACACAUUAGCUUCUUGCAUGAAUAAGCACAUAUAUGAAUAGUAUGUGAAAAAUAUAGAGAAAUUCACUAGCAACUAAGAUAUCCAAGGUAUUGAUGAAAGUUUUAUAAACUAGAGUUCCUAUAACGAUAAUGCUGAUAUCUACCUAACUAUCAAGAAUUAUGAUACUAGAAGUGGUCUAUCAAGGCUAAUUCACUAGUAAAAAGAUGUAUUUGAGAUUAAAGCUUUAAUGGGUAAAGGAUUAGAUGUUCAAAGAUAAGGCACCCAUUUAGCCUUCGUUGCUGGUACUGGUAUCCUGGUCUUUAUGGACCUGGUUGCUUUUAUAUUAAGAUAAAAUUUGGGUUUAUUGUAAGGCUCAGACAAUCAAAUUCUUGAUUAGAAAAACUUCAAAUUUGUCUUGUAUGCUUCUUUCCCAAGCCCAGAGGACAGUAUUGGACUAGAGCUCCUCUAAGGACUCCAAAAAAUUACUUAAAUGUAGGAGUUGAAAAACUUUGAGUUGAUUUUGAGAUUUAGUAAUGAAUUUAUGAGCGAGCGAUGGAAUGCCUAGUUUAUAGAGAGAUAAGUUGAGAUUUUCACUCAAAAUAAGCAAAUUAAGAAGAUAUGGGUUUGUGGCCCUCCAAUGAUGAAUGAGGUGUUCGAUAGAACCUUUGAGGAGAUUAGUCAAUAAUAUGAUCUUGAUAGAAGUAUAGUUGAGAUACUUUGA